AAAUGUCAUCAUCACACACAGGGACGGAGCGUGCCCCACGCUCUGCUAUGCCUAUAAGUCCCCAGGGUGACAGCUACAGGGGAAGUCACUGCUGCAUGAUCAGCCCACAAGCUUCUCACUGCCUCCACGGACGCUACUCAGCUCCUGCUCUGAUUCUGACCUCACAGUACUCCGGCUGGUCCUAGAGGCUGAAGCUUGGCAAACCUACAAACUUCCCCCAAGAUCAUUUCCAGGAUGACAACACCCUUUUCCUCCCAUGGACUCCUCCUGCUAGUGGGCUUGUGCUGUCUGCUUCUCAUAACCAAGACUAAACAUGAAAAACUCUAUGAAGACCCAAGCAUUGAUCCCUUCCAGUGCCGGAAGGUGGCUCUUACCAUCUGCAAUGUCUCCAUCACCUUGUUCAAAAAGAUGGCCCAACUGUCAGGAAAUGGAAAUAUUUUAUUCUCCCCGAUUAGAGUCAUUGCUGCCAUUUCAAUGCUGUCCCUGGGAUCCAAUGGCAACUUAAGCAAACACAUCCUGGAGACUCUAAGGUUCAACAAAACAGGCUUGCCUGAAGCGGAGAUCCACAAGUGUUUCUGGUAUCUGCUCCAUUCCAUCCACCAGACUGAAGAGCCAUCAUCACUACAAACUGGUAGCAGCGUGUUCAUCCACCAGGACCUGACAUCAGUAGACAAAUUUGUGAAAGGAGUCAAGGACCUAUACCAUUCUGACAUGAUCUCCAUCAACUUUACAGACAGCAGUCAGGCCAAGACACAGAUCAACAAUUACGUGAUGGAGAAAAGCCAGAAGGAAAUAGUGAACAUUGUCAAGAACCUGGAGAGUGAUACAUUCCUGGCUGUGGUGAACUACAUUAUCUGGAAUGCCAAACUUGACAGCAACUUUGGCUGCCGGUCCGUCAAAGUGAAGGACUACCACUUAGGAUACGGCAUGACAAUCAAGGUACCGAUGAUCCAUAACAUGGCCAUGCAUUACUUGUUCCGAGUCGAGGAUCUGUCUAGCACGGUGCUGAUGCUUACUCUGCUCACAGGCAACUUCGCAACCUACUUCAUCAUACCCGAUCCAGGGAAGAUGCAGAAGGUGGAACAGAGCCUAACCUACCCACACUUCCGCCGGAUGAGACGACAAUUAUUGACAAGGUUGGUUGAUUUAGAGAUACCAGAACUCUCAUUGUCUGAGACCCAUGACUUGGAGUCAAUGAUGAGUCUACUAGGAAUCACCUAUGUUUUCAACAGUGGCACCAAUAGCUCUGACAUGAAUGACACACUUCAGAAGUCCUUCAAGGUGGUAAGUAAGGCUGUGCUGACCAUCGAUGAAAAGGGGUCAAAGCCUAGUACAAACUCAUGCUUUAAAAAGCUCGGAUCGACUGAUAUGGGCCGGAUGCAGCUCAACAGACCUUUCCUCAUCUUCAUCCAGGAUCACACAAAUGAUGUCCCCCUCUUUUUAGGCAGAGUGGUAAAUCCCCAGAACUAAGUGCUCUCAGGAAUCAGCCUCUCUCCUGAAAGCCAUGUCCCCUUCUGGGUAACAUUAAACAUGGGGCCGUUUCACCCAUGCCUGAGUGCAAACAGCAAAUCCCUCUCCUUGUGGUGUCUGUGUCUUCCUCUGUCCCCUGAGGUAUGUGGGGUCUCCAGGUCACAGUGCAUCACACUGUCUCCUGCAUCUGUGUUGAGGAGGUCCCCAUGAUGUCCCAGCUCCAGCACUGAAGGCAGAGGGCCAUGUCCCCUUCUGGUUGUACUGUGUCAUCUCACUGGGUCUGGCCUCUCCAUCUCACCACAAUUUUCCUGAGAAUGGCUAGAGGAAAUAGUUGGUAGAACUCUUCCUCCACAGGACUGGAGCAGGACCCCAGCCUGUUGCUGUCAUUCGUUCCCUGCUAGAAGGGACUCACAAAUCCUCCAAUGAUCAGAGAGGUCUCUGGGUGAUUCCCCUCGGGCUUCUCCUGCCAAUCAGGCCACUAGACACAAAGCCACUUUGUCCUGGCUGACCGUGAAGCCAUGCUGUAUGAGUGGCUCUGAAAAGCCAUAAGGAUAGGUACCUACAUGAGAAGGACACCUUUCCUUUCGCUAGGGUCCCCCUGAGAUCUUCCUGAAGUCAUAUACAACUGCACCUACCCCAUCUCCAGGCCCUCAACAUAGUAUUCCAGGGAUAAAUAUAAAUCCAGUGCCUCAUAGUAGAUCUCAGGAUUCAUCAUUGUCAUCGGGGCCAGGCAGUCUACCCCAUCCUCCUCAACCCUUGUUAUGCCCAGAUCUUGGGAACCCCAGAAGAACUCUAGGAAUUGCUAGUCCAAUGUAAUAUAACUGAAGAGCCUUUAUUCGAGUCAUACAAGGAUCAAAAACCUUUCCCACUGCACAGGUUAGGAACGGGAUGCUCGCUGUUCCAGUUCAGAGGCUUGGAGUUUUUAUACGUGCAUAUGCAUAAGCAGGGAUCCUUGGGUUACAUGACAGGGGAGGUGACAAGAGGAAGUCAUUCUUUCAAACCUGAUGUCGUUUGUUCAGACAGUGCAGAAUUGUGCGACUGGGAGGGGGCUCUUCUGACCUGGGAAGUAACUUUAUGGUGCUAUCAGGAACUAGUGUGUUUUUACAAACUGGCCAGGGCUGUCUGGGGACACUUAAUUGCCCUUCUCUCAUGGCCCAAGGGUGGGGCACUUAUCUUUUCAAGGAUGUUUGAUCCUUAUUUCUCUCAAGGACAGGAGCCAUCUGCACCAGAGAAAUGUUAUCAAGGAGAGUGCCAGCCUUGGUGACACAGAGGCUGGGAUAUGUUGCCUUUGUCUGUACCCAAAGCCACCAUCUGCUGCUCCCCUGGUGGUGGGAGAGGGAGGGGAGUGUUGAAAGGGUCAUUAGGGAGAAGAGAGAACUACCAGGAGAAGGGGAAUUGCAAUAUUGUGGAGCCAGGCUGGGCCCUCUCUGUUUGCCCUUUCUGAAAGGCUGGAGGCAUCUAUGCUGGGAGAAGGGGGAGGGGAUUGGAGUGGUGGGAGAGUGCAGAGGCAGGUUUCCUGCAUCUCUUCACCCUCAGCCUUGCUAACUGCCUGCAGCAGACAGAAUCCCCUUCCCAGGAAAUGCACCUACUGCUCAGAACACUUGUGUACUGUGGGAGUGCUGCCUGCUUCAUCUGCAGAUCAUACCCCACCCCAACCCUAACUCCCUGAAUAAAUGUGGACAGAAAGC